GUCUUUUGUGGCCGUGCUCGGGUCUCUUGCUGACGUUAGAUACUCUGUACCGGAGGAAAUGAAAAUCGGAUCUCUUAUUGGAAGUCUAGCUCAAGAUCUGGGACUGGAUAGCAAAAAAGCCGCAGCUCGGAAACCCCGCAUAGAUUUUCAAGGAGGCAAAAGGUACUGUGAUAUUAGCAUGGAUACAGGAGAUUUGCUUGUGAAUGAAAGGAUAGACAGGGAAGAGCUGUGUGGACAAAAGGCUUCAUGUGCUCUAGAUUUUGAGUUUGUCCUAGAAAAUCCUUUGGAGCUGCAUCGUAUUGUAGUCGAAAUUCAAGACAUAAAUGACAAUGCACCAAAAUUUCCUAUGGACACUAUAAAAUUGGAAAUAAGGGAAUCGGCCGUCAAAGGAACUCGUUUUCCUGUGGAUGAGGCCCACGAUUCAGACAUUGGAAUCAAUUCGCUGCAGAGUUAUGUACUUAGUUCAAAUGAUCAUUUCGUUUUAGCUGUUCAGUCUAGCCCUGACGGAGGUAAAUACGGCGAAAUCGUAUUGGAGACUGAAUUGGAUCGAGAAAAGCAGCACGAACUGUCUUUGUUGCUGACUGCUGUAGACGGAGGUAAUCCUCAGAAGUCUGGUACUGCGGUUAUACAAGUUACUGUGUUAGAUUCAAAUGACAAUGUCCCCGUGUUUACACAGGCCGUCUAUAAAGUCAGUCUCACCGAAAAUUCACCAGAAGACACAUUUGUUGUGAGAGUUAGUGCCACGGAUAAAGACGAGGGCGCAAAUGGAGAGGUAAUUUAUGCAUUCAGUCAUAUCUCUGACAAAGCUAAACAAUUAUUUCGGAUUGAUCGCAGAACGGGAGAGAUUUUUGUGAAAGGACCGAUUGAUUUUGAAGAGAGUUCAGUCUUUGAAAUUCGCAUUCAAGCCAAAGACGGAGCUGGACUGGCCUCACAAAGCAAAGUCAUUAUUCAAAUUACGGACUUAAAUGACAAUCCUCCUGUUAUUUAUAUAAAAUCUCUGAUCAAUCCAAUUCCCGAAAACGUUUCGCCUGGCACAGAAGUUGCUAUUAUAAAUGUACAAGACCGGGACUCUGAGGAAAACAGCAAGGUUACUUGUUCGAUUCCUCAACAUAUUCCGUUCAGACUAGUCCCAUCAAUUAAAAAUUAUUAUUCUUUGGUUACUGAAACGGAACUGGACCGUGAAACAGUUUCAGAAUACAAUAUCACAAUUACUGCAACCGACGAGGGAACCUUGUCUCUUUCUUCUUUUAAGAUACUUCGGUUUUCAGUUUCUGAUGUUAAUGACAAUCAUCCGACAUUCAAUCAACAAUCAUACGUUGCUUAUGUUUCGGAGAAUAAUAUCCCAGGGUCUUCCAUUUGCUCUGUUAUAGCUAUAGAUCCGGACUGGAAUCAGAAUGGUACAGUCUCCUAUUCAAUAUUUCCCAGUGAGGUCAACGGGAUGCCAGUAACUUCUUUUUUAUCAAUUAACCGGGACAGUGGGGUGAUACAUGCUGUCAGGUCAUUUGAUUAUGAGCAGUUCAGAGACUUCAAAGUUAAAAUAGUUGCCCAGGACAAUGGCUCACCACAGCUAAGCAGCAAUGUAACUUUGAGUGUCUUCAUUACAGAUCUAAACGAUAAUCCUCCACAGAUAUUAUACCCUGUUCAGUCGGGGACCUCUUUUAUGACUGACUUGGUCCCCAAAACUGCUAAUGUGGGGUCCCUAGUGUCCAAGGUAAUCGCAGUCGAUGCCGACUCUGGACAAAACGCGUGGCUGUCAUAUCAGAUAGUGAAAUCGACGGAUCCGGGACUUUUCGUUAUUGAUCUGCACAAUGGAGAAAUCAGGAUAAAACGUGAUCUUUAUGAAUCUGACGCAGUGAAGCAAAACCUCGUCAUCCUGGUGAAGGACAAUGGACAACCCUCUUAUUCUACUACGUGCUCUGUUUAUUUAAUCAUUUCAGAUAACUUGGCAGAAUUACAUGAAAUGAGAGAUUUACCCGCCGAGAACAGCAAUUCAAAAUUAACAGUGUAUUUGAUUAUCGCUCUGGCUGCAGUUUCUUUUCUUUUUCUGAUUUUCAUUACAAUUAUUCUGGCGGUCAGGUUUUGCAGUGGAGGAAAGCCCAGGAUGUUUCUUGACAGUGCAGUCGCCAUUCCCGGUGCGUUUUUCCCACCCAACUAUGCGGAAGUCGAGGGCUCUGGAACACUGCGUCAUUCUUACAACUAUGACGCUUUCUUAACAACGGGCUCUGCCACGAGCGACUUCAAGUUCGUCAGCUCUUACACUGAGAACACUUUACCCGUUGAUUAUGCAAUCAAAAUGAAGGGAAACGAAGAGGGAGAUGGGAAAGGGAUGAUAAAUAAUGGAACUGAAGUGGCAUGUCAGGUGGAAUCACUGGUAAGACAGCACUUUUAAAUCGAAAAGAUUUUGAAGAGGUCAGAUAUUAUGAGAUCGACG